AUUUUAAUUCAAAACUAUUUUGUGAGUAUGUGAGUUGAAUCAUCGUAGUGUACCCAUGUAGUUUGAUGGAAGUAAAGUGAAUAUGAAUUAUCUGUGUUAUUUGUUCUUGAUAGCUGUGCUUUUCACCGAAAGUUCUGCCAUUGACUGUUACGAAUGUAGCACGGCGGACAGUGGCUGCGGGGAGGUUCCGGAUGAGGAGAUGUUGAUACUCGACCAGAAAGUCACUUCCGGCUGUAACUCGUGCGUAAAGGAAUUUGAGUCGCUGGGUACAAUAUGGUCCAACGUUGUGCGUACUUGUGGACAAGAGACGACGGAUUCUUGCGAUGACGUGUUAGGGUACGGUAGAUGCGUAUGUACAACAACGUUCUGUAACCAGGCAACCAAGAAUGCAUCAGUGGUCUACAGUCUCGUCUUCAGCAUUGUUUUAGGACAUAUCUUAAUUCUAAACUGAUCUGUCUUUAAACAGCAGUUUUGUUUUGUGUGUUAUUUUUUAAAGCUUUGUUAGAAUUUAGUAUCUAUACACCUUAUGUUAUCAGUUUGUAUUAAAAAUAGAAAAAAAAAAUAAGGGCAUGGAAAAUAAACAAACUUUGUUAUU